CCUCGGUUCCCUUCUUCUCAUCCCAACUCGACCGCUCAAACCAACCUGCAACUCUCAACGCAGCGACUUUCCACUAGUUUUUGACGCUGCAACUGAUGGACACCGCCGCUGCCGGCUCCCCGCGUGAGGGGCACAGGACGGUGUGCUCGGAGCCGCCCAAGAGGCCGGCAGGGCGGACCAAGUUCAGGGAGACGCGCCACCCGCUGUACCGCGGCGUGCGGCGCCGGGGCCGGCUCGGGCAGUGGGUGUGCGAGGUUCGCGUGCGCGGCGCGCAAGGGUACAGGCUCUGGCUCGGCACCUUCACCACUGCCGAGAUGGCGGCGCGCGCGCACGACUCCGCCGUGCUCGCGCUCCUCGACCGCGCCGCCUGCCUCAACUUCGCCGACUCCGCCUGGCGGAUGCUGCCCGUCCUCGCGGCUGGCUCGUCCCGCUUCAGCAGCGCGCGGGAGAUCAAGGACGCCGUCGCCAUCGCCGUCCUGGAGUUCCAGCGGCAGCGCCCCGUCGUGUCAACGUCGGAGAUGCACGACGGCGAAAAGGACGCCCAAGGCUCGCCGACGCCGAGCGAGCUGUCCACGUCCAGCGACUUGUUGGACGAGCACUGGUUUGGCGGCAUGGACGCCGGCUCGUACUACGCGAGCUUGGCGCAGGGGAUGCUCAUGGAGCCGCCGUCCGCCAGAACGUGGAGCGAGGAUGGCGGCGAAUACAGCGCCGUCUACACGCCGCUUUGGAACUAAUUAUCCGACUAAUUAAGCCAUGGAAGGACUGAAUUUGUCUAUCAAGACCAAAGAAAAAUGACCAUAUCUGGUAGUCUCACAGGUGCACUGAAUCUCCAUGGACCGGAAUCAAUCAAAAUAUCUUAUGACAACAUGGAGAAGAAAACGACAAAUGAAAAGGACGUCGCUGUUGAGUGAUACAACUUGAGAUAAUGGUUGUUGGACAGAUUAUAUGCCAAAGCAUACGAUUCCUUCUGCGAGUCUAAAAUAUCUCGACUGUUAGAGUUGUGUUGACUAUGAUGUACAAUGUAGGUUACAGUUGGACUUGUAGUAUUAUUGUGUUUCGAAAGGAUAUGGAGUCGUGUUCUAAUA